AUGGUUUUGUUUUUUCCAAGCACUAAGAAAUAUGUUACCUACAACGAGAAGGGACUGAAACGUUUUAUUUGGUCGACAUAUGCAUUUCUUCUAAUUCCGUUCGCCAUGAAAUGUUUUAAAGUUCCAAAUGUUGAUGUGAUUCGUUUCGUCGCUUCUGAUAUACUGAUAAUCACAUCAGCUUCCCUUUACAUUGCAAUAUACAUGAUGAUCAAGAAACAGAAGCAUUUAACCUCCGCGCAGUUCCACAGACCACAUAGAUAUGUCAUGUGGCAACUAAUAGUAAUGCUAAUCUGCAAAUUGGUGAUGACGGCUGUUAGGCAACCGGAGUUAGCUCCGAAACCUCAAUGCGAAAGUGCUGCAAAGGCAGGCAGACUUCAACAAGAAACUGGCGAAUCUGCUUGGCAAAAAGUGCUGAAGAAACAUGUUUGA